GAUUAUGUUUGUAAUUCGUUUCUUACCUUUUCUACUUCUUCUUACCUUUUCAAUUAUUGUAGAAAGGCCUAUUACAUAAAUAUCAUGGUGUGGAGCUUCUAUUAUUUAUACAAGAGAAGAUGAAACAAUACCUUAAUUUCAAGGUUUGGAAGAAGAAAAAACAAUUUUUUUCAUUACUGAAGCUCAUCUUAUAUAUUAAAGUAAUGGAACUGUUUGGAAUUAAAUUGAGGGUUUAUUUGAAGAUAUUUAGGUAUCUCCUGCAGAUUCACGUGUUAUAUAUUUAUUUGGUCAAUAAGGUUAGAAAAGCUAUAGAACAAAUGAUUGUGGUGAAAAUUUCGAGGAAAUAAACAUAGAUGGUUUUUAUGGAUUUAGAUUAAAUAAAAUGAGUUGGAAAUGGAUGUUAGCAUUUAAAAAAUAGUAAUGUGAUCAUUUUGACAUGGAUUGUAGAGAGCCAUAUAAUAAUUAAUUAUUUUAUUCUGAAGAUGGAGCAAAGACAUGGUUACCAUCAUUUAAAAAUUGUAGAGAAGCUUCAUGGGAUAAAGUUAUAGAAGAUAUUGCAGUUCCAGAUGAAAGAUCUAUAGUAUUAUUUUCUUAUGAGAAUUAAACUUAAUUGAUUUACUCUGAUGAUUUUACUAAUUAUCAUACUUUAAUGGUUGGUGCAUAAGGUUACUAUUAAACUUAGAAAUAUUUAUUUGUUUUAACAUCUUCUAAUAAUGGAGGAUAUGAAUUACAUUAUGGUCAUUCAAAACUGGAAGAAUUUUAAGAGAAAUUAGUAGAGUUACCAUUGCAAAUUUUAAAAGAAUUUUCAUAUACAGUUUUGGAUACUGAAAAUGGUAGAAUAUACUUAUCUGUUUCUCAUUAUUAAUAAGAACAAUCAAUAACUAAUGUUUAUAUUAGUAAUUAAUUAGGUAAAGAUUUCUAAAUAGUUUUAACAAAUAAUGUUCGAUCAACAUCAGAUGGAAAUUGUGAUUUUGAAAAACUUUUAGGUUUAACAUAAACUUAUGUAGCAAAUACAUAUGAUUAAAGAGAUUAAAAAGCUAAAUCAACAGUUAUUAGUUUUAAUGGAGGAAAGAAAUGGGAAUCUAUAAAAGCUCCAAAAUUUGAUUCAGAAGGGAAUAUAGUGGAAUGUGGAGGAGAAUGCUCUUUACAUUUUGUAGGAAGAACUGAAUCUUAUAGAUAAACAAUAUAUACAGUAGAUUAAGCACCUGGUAUAGUUUUAGGAGUUGGAAAUGUUGGAUUAUUUAUAACAUAAGAACAAAAUACAUAUAUGUCAGCAGAUGGAGGAUAGAAUUGGAUUGAAGUAAGAAAAGGUUCUCAUGUGUUUGAGAUUGCAGAUUUUGGAGGGAUUAUUGUAAUGGCAAAAGAUUUUGAACCUACCAAUGAAAUUAUUUAUUCUAUUGAUUAUGGUAAAACAUGGAAAACUAAAAUCAUUUAUGAUGAUUUAUUUAUAGCCCAAAAUUUAGUUACUGAGGCUUCUGGUACAGUUAGAUAAUUUCUUAUUUAUGGCAAAACUGAUAAAGGGGAAGGAAUCAUCUUAAGAUUAGAUUUUAGUGACAUCUUUUAAAGAGAUUGUAAGUCAAAUUUAGAUUAUGAUAUAUGGAAUUCUAAAUGUAUUGAUGGAUCUUAAACUAAAUAUUAUAGGAAAAAAGAAAAUUCAGAAUGUUUUAAUCCAAAAUAGAUGAUUACUAAAAAAAUUAUUGAACCUUGUCCCUGUAAAAGGGAAGAUUGGAUUUGUGCCUCAGGAUAUGCUAGUUAAUUAGAAGGAGGAGAUUGUUUACCUAUUGUAAAUAUUUCUGAUUAUUGUGAACCUGGUACAACUUAUUUCAAAUCAUAAGGAUACAUUAAAUUAACUUAAUGUGUUGGAGGGUAUAUUUUUGUAUAAUUAAAUAAGUCUAGAUUUAGAUUCUAUUGAAACUUAUUGUCCUAAAAACUUCAACUUUAAUGAAAUCCUUCUAUAUUUAACAAUAAUUGCAUUACUUGUUUUUCUCAUUUUCUUUGCCUAUGCAAUUAUAAGAAGAAUGUUAGCAUCUGGUGAUAAAAGUAAAGAUCCAAAUGUCAAUAUAUAUAAUUAAAUGGAGUUUUAAGAAGAUGAUGAUGAAGAAGAUUAAUAAUUAUGA